AUGUCCAACCUUUUCGUGAACCUUACUACGCCCAACGGCCACUCGUAUACACAGCCAACUGGACUCUUCAUCAAUAAUGAGUUCGUCAAUGCAACAAGUGGACAGAAAAUCUCGACUUUAGAUCCAGCCACCGAAAUUGAGAUCACCACCGUUGAGGCGGCUGGCGCUGAAGAUGUUGAUCGGGCUGUCAAGGCUGCGAAGGCUGCCUUCAAGGCUGAUAGCUGGAAGAAACUGCCCGCGACUGAGAGAGGACGCCUUUUGGUUCGUCUUUCAGAGCUGCUUGAGGAGAAGAAAGAGCUUUUUGCGAGCAUUGACGCUUGGGACAAUGGCAAAACCUACUCUCUCGCUAUGGAAGACGAUCUUCCCGACUCGAUCGGCACUUUCCGUUACUAUGGUGGCUGGGCUGAUAAGAGCUUUGGGCAGACCUUUGAGACCUCCCCUGAGAAGUUUGCUUAUACCCUCCGUCAGCCAUAUGGUGUGAUCGGUCAGAUUAUACCAUGGAACUUCCCCCUAGCAAUGGCGGCAUGGAAACUCGGACCUGCGCUGGCUGCGGGUAAUACCGUCGUUAUGAAGGCGGCAGAGCAGACUCCUCUGAGCAUUCUCCUUCUGGCAACACUUAUCAAGGAGGCUGGAUUUCCCCCUGGUGUUGUGAAUAUUAUCAAUGGAUAUGGCCGUGAAGCUGGCCAGGCAUUGACUGAGCACCCUCUGGUUGACAAGUUGGCAUUCACUGGAUCGACCGUCACCGGUGCUCAGGUUAUGAAGGCGGCUGCCGCUCAGCUAAAGGAGGUGGUUCUGGAGACCGGCGGCAAGUCACCCUUGAUUGUCUUCGGCGAUGCCGAUCUGGAUCAAGCAAUGAAGUGGUCACACGCUGGAAUCAUGUCGAACCAAGGACAAAUUUGCACAGCUACAUCGCGAAUCUUGGUCCAGCGCAAUAUCUAUGAUCAGUUCCUGUCCUUAUUCAAGGAGCGCGUCCGCACCGCAUCCAUCAUUGGAGAUCAGUGGUCUACAGACACCUUCCAAGGCCCGCAAGUGACUCGCGCUCAGUAUGACCGAGUUAUGCACUAUAUCAACCUUGGAAAGUCCGAGGGUGCAACUGUGGAGACCGGUGGAGAGGCCUUUGCUGGCCCUAACGGAAAGGGAUACUUCGUUACCCCGACUACUUUCACUAAUGUUAAGCCUUCUAUGAAGAUCUACCGGGAUGAGAUCUUCGGUCCCGUUACCUGCAUUGUGCCUUUCGAUGAGGAAGAAGAUGCGAUUGAGUUGGCCAAUGAUACUAUGUAUGGCCUUGGUGCCGCUGUCUUCACCCAAAACCUCCGUCGUGGUCAUCGUGUGGCAGCCGAGAUUGAGGCCGGUACUGUCUGGCUGAACAGCAGCCAGGAUAGUGACCACCGAGUUCCCUUUGGUGGAUACAAGGCUAGCGGUGUGGGACGAGAGUUGGGUCCUGCUGGAUUUGAAGCCUACACUCAGAUCAAGGCAGUGCACGUUAACAUGGGAAAUGACCUUUAA